AUGGCACCUUCUGAAACCAUCAUUCAACUCACAGCCACAAGUCACUUUACAAUCAAACUCACAGCCACAAACUUCCCAGUGUGGCUCAAGCAAGUUCAAUCACCCCUCAUUGGCCUUGCCCUAGAUGAUUUCAUUACUGGCUCUAUACCAUCAUCAUCCAAAACUCUCAGCAAAGACACCACCACCACGCGAAACCCUGCAUACACACUCUGUCAAUCUCGGUCCAGAAUCAUCUCCCUCAAAUCUAAACUCACAAAGAACCCUAAAGGAAAUCACCAUGUGGUUGAUUUUCUUCAUGACUUGAGGAUGAUUGCGGAUGAACUUGCAAUUGCACAAAGCCCCAUUGAUGAGGAAGAUGUCAUGGUUCAUAUACUAAGUCAGCUUGGAGAAGAAUAUGGACACAUCACUGUUGCCCUCAAUAUUCAAGAAACAUCAAUAUUUUUCUCUAAACUCUUUGACAAAUUAGUUGAUUUUGAAUGA